CUUGAGUUUAAUUUAGGUUUUUAUGUGAAAUUUCUGAUUUCAAUUCUGAGUGAGGUAUGCCUGUCGAUUUCUUGUUUAGUUUUGCAGAAGAGAGGGGUAAAAGAGUCCUUACAUCUGAAACUUCCUUGUUUUACUGUGGCGUAACAUUCCCUCGGGUGGCCAUAACUGGGUCCUGGAGCAAGAGUGUCACCCAUCCCAAGGCUUAAUUCAAGUAAUAAUUAUCUAUGUCAUUUUGUCAAUUUGUCAAACUUGUUGGUUGCCAGUUGUUGGUCUGAAUGUGAGUUGUAAAUUUCACAAAGUUGGAAUUUAGUGGCUCCAACCACCAUGAAGGAUGGGCAGCGCUUACAAAUCAACUUGCAGAAAACUCAAACCCAAUAAUACCCUUUUUCGUACAAGGUAGCUGAGGAUUCCCGUGUGUGGACGGACUUAGCUGUUGACUUUGACUGACCAUUAAUAUAUCAUCCAAGGAGUC